UUUGAGAUCAUAACAUCAAAAAGAAAAACCAGAAAAACAAAUUGAAAAUCACAGCGCAUAAUUAAUAUUAUUAAGUUUUGUGUUACUAGCAUUCAGAUGAUUUUGUUAUAACGUCCCCAGCUGAUUGGUAGGAUGAUACGUAGAGCGAUAGUUCUGUUAUGUUUGACCAAAUGACUAUUCCUACCACGAUUUGUCUGAACCACGAGAAACUAGUUCACGUUUAAAUUGGAAGUGAAUCGCGUAGAUGGUGGAUCGGUACGGAAUACCUCAGCUACAAUACAAGCCACCAUGAUUAACCGAAGGAAGAGGACAGACAGUCUGGACAGCCAGUAUUCACAAAAGUUUCUGAUAUUUUACCUGAUUUGGUACUGCCGUCAGCGUUUCAGCCAGUUCAAGGUCGGACGUGAAAUCAUAAAGUCGAAACGGUUUAACGAUGUUUUCUUGGAACUUUGCCAUCAUCAGAAACGCUGGAUCUAUUUGUUCGACGUCAAAUCUCGUCGAUAUAAGAAUACAACUAUAUCGUAUGAUAGUUUACUGAGUGGAUCACCACUGUCAUCAUCGGCAGAUGAUUUUAAUCUACUGAAUUAUUUUAAGGAGUACUUGAGGUUAAGAAAAUGCUGGAAUGAAUCAACGAGCGAACUGAUUGUGUGGACCCACACAGAAUUCAAUAGGAAUGAUUUUAGGAAUCGAGAGAUUUUAGAACCAUACGAAAGGAAGGGUGAUCAACCGGACUUUUUCGAUGGUGUUGACAUAGGUGUACGGCGGUACAGAUUCAGAAACUAUGAAAGUUUGGGAAAGGAACUGCUCCGACUUGUUCAUCCACUGUAUGAACUGGCUGAAAGAGUUUCCCGAUUGUUGUUUCAGAAAGUCUUGAUUGGUCCGGAUACAAUUCCGCAAAAGUUCUACGAUGUAUUGUUGAGGGAUGUUUUUGAAGAUAAUUGCUUUCGGAAAGAUUUUCUGGAAGGAAAGCCGGAGCUACCGAUAGAGGCUAAAGAAUUUCGCGAGUAUUUGGAACACGUGAUGGUGCAAACGUUUCGCUACCUAAAUGUUUCUGACUUCCUAUUGAGCAGGAUUGACGAAGUGCAGUUUUCUGCUUACAUUAAGCUACUUUUAGUACCUCAAGUAAAAGUCGCAACACGAUGCGUCUCCUGGGCAGCAGAUAGCCGAGCAACUGCGUGCGAUGUCGACCGAUUUUUCUCGUUACUUGUGUUUUAUACCCGCACCCCAACAGUGUCCGCUUUCAGAAAAAUUCUGCGAUCGAAGCUGGACACUGCGAUCCAGAAUGAACUUUCGCAGUUCACUACAAAAGGUAGUCAACUUACCGAUUUAACUGUGAACCAAAUAUUUCAGUGGAUUGAGCUGAAGGACCGUUACUCGUACAAGCUUAAUGAUAACAUCGUGUUCAAGGCAGGGGCGAUGGAGGGUCUGGAAUCAGUAUUGAAUCAGUUUUAUUAUCAGUCGAACGUUGAAACAUUGGGCAUUCGGGCGUGUACCGAUGUACUUGUUACUGUAGAAAGAAUUAUACGUGUGAUACGAAAAAUGGAAUGCAGCAACUACCUUCUGUUAGUCGCACAAACAUUCGAAGCUCUCUUCAAUGACUUGUUGAAUAUUAUGCUAAGUCUAGGUUUAAUGAUGAGCAAACCAUUUUUAAUAUUGGUCGACAAGGACUCGACUAUAAAUGGUGCUUACCUCCAAAGAAUGCGAGAAAUGGGUUGCUCAAUAAUUUUAGUGGCGACAGAAAAUAUUACGGAUUCGACAACCGUUUAUUCAGAUUACGUUCAAUUUGAGAACCUAACAGAUACAGCCAAAGAUCGUUUACUGUCGAGCACGGUUGUAAUACAAGAGCAGGUGGUGCAAUUAGAUACCAUACUGAAUGACAGCUGUUUUUCUGAAAUAACAGCCCAAGAAUUUCUCGAGUGGAAUUCAAACGAUUGCAGGUCGAUCGGCUUGAAACAGUUUUCAGACCUACCAAACAAUUAUAUUAAUAGGACUAUUUAUAGUGAUGCGGAUGAUUUUAUAAACCCUUCUGCAAUUGACUUUGGUCGAAUCUCAAUCUUAAGUGGUGCUGCUGGGAUCGGGAAAAGUGUAGCUUUUUUAAACCUUGCUACCCGUUUUCAGGAAACGUACGGCGAUCAUAUAAUAGUCAUGCAGGACUCUAAAACAGUAGUUCAUUUCUUUCCUACCAACAAAGAUUCCCUGGACACUGUGAUCAGGCUGAUCGAUGCAAAACAACUGAAUCAUUUUCAGAAAUUCAGUGUAAAGAAAAUGAUGGAUCAAAAUCGAAUUAUCGUCCUUCUGGACGGGUUCGACGAGAUCAGCCAUCAAAAAGAGAGAAAUGCAGAAGCAAUGUUGAAGUGGAUCGAAAAUGCUCCUUUUCGUAUGGUAGUCGUUGCAUCGCGACCACAUCGUGUAACAUUUUUAAAGAACUGCUUACCUGACGCUGUGGUUUACCAUUUAAUGCCGUUCACAGAGCAAGAUCAGUUACGAUUUCUUCAGCAACGAUGGAAAAGUAAACUUCCCAAUAACGAAGAGGCAGUACGAGUGAUCCGUAAGUAUCGGAAACUAUUCGAGGACAUCGAUGGGGAAAACCCUUUGGAAAUUCCUCUACAAACCAUAAUCAUUGCUUCCAUAUAUGAGGAUGGUGUGCUUUCACACGAUCAUCAGAACAUUGCCGACGUUUUCCAAGCAUUCGUCGACAAAAAAUUUGACAUGUACGCCAACAAGUUUUUCAACUUAUCUUGCAAAGCACACGAAGUAGCUCUGAAGACUUCUCGAGCAAUUUUCGAAACGGCUCACGCAGAAUUGGCCUUCCGAUUAGAGCUAUGCCAAAUUGUAGACUACAACAAAUGUAUCGAAGUCGAUCAGUACGGUCUCUUGCGUAUUGACAACAAAACAAUAACGUUUAUCCAUCCAUCUUUUCAAAAGUAUUUCGUGGCUCAAUACAUUCUAACUCAUUUCGUUGAACAGGAUUGUUUUAACCAACUCAUGAGCACGCACUUCUGUAAGCCAACGGGUAACCUUUUCAACAAAUUUUUGAACCAUCAUAUCGGAAAAAUCAAUGCUAACCAAAAUCUUCUGGGAGCUUCGCUGAAUUUUGCAAACACUGACUUCAGUCAACUAAAUGCCCGAAGACGAUUCAAACUGCAUCGAGAUAAAGUCAAACAGUUUUACGUCUUUUUCAAAUCGGUUUGCUGUGCUGAACAGUUGAACAAAUGCCUCCGCGUAACCAUCGACAAAGAUGAGCUAAACACCUUUGAAGUAAUCUAUGAUAGCUUAACAUGUUGCUCGGAACAGACAGUGCGAUUCACAUUCAAUCCAAUCGACGAGACUUCGCAAUCGUCAUUAUCGAUAGACUUGUCGGCAGUUAGCGAAGACCACGUAGUUCAGCUGUUGGACAUUCUGUGUAAGAAACACGAAUCGGAUUUCGUGGAAAAAGUGAUCGGAAAUUUCACUACAGAUGAAGAUGAUUUCAUCAGCACAGCCAUCGAGAAAAACUAUGUUAAAGUGAUAAAUAAACUGUUCAGUAUCGAACAGAAUCUCACGAAUGAAGAUGAAACUGAUCGUAUUCAGGAUUACGUAGAAAAACGGUGGCCCCGGUACCUACGGUUAGUAAUUGUGCACAGAAGAGAUCUGUUGUUGGAAACAACAUUUCGUUGCGUUGAAAAGCGUUGGCACCCAAGAGUUACGAAGUAUUUUCUGAUGAGACAGAAUGUACUAGCAAUGCUGAUCGGGUUGUGCGAGAAAGCUGAGGAGUCGUCAAUUGAAACGAUUCAAAGGAUAAGUGAUUUUCUUCGUGAACAUCUGAGUGCCAACGAUUUAACUGUUUUGGCUGAAAGAAUAUUUGAUUCCUCAAACAGCUGGAAGAGGCUUGAUAAAAUUGAGAACAGGGAUAUCAGAGGUGUGAUACAAAAACUUCUAAAGUGCAGGGACGUGUGAAUUGUAGUAGAUUAUAUAAACCGAUUAGAUCAGUAUUAUAGUACCAGAAAUACAGUAAGAAUCGAUGACUGAUUUACUGACAUUUCGUGUGCGAUUUUAACCUUGUUUGAAGAAUAAAAUGUUUAACUUUGUUUUAGUAAUACUAA